UGCUUGAGCUCAAUUCUGUGCUUUUUUGUUGCAUUUCUUUGGGCAGCUCAAGCUCUUGGGUUGCCAUUUUUGAGCCCAUAUCUGCAAUCAAUCGGAUCUAAUUAUAACCAUGGAGCUAAUUAUGCUACAUUAGCGUCCACUGUGCUUCUACCUAAAACUUCUCUGUUUGUCACUGGGAUCAGCCCUUUCUCACUUGCUAUACAGCUCAACCAAAUGAAGCAAUUCAAAACCAAGGUUAAUGAAGAGCACCAACAAGGAACCACACUUCCUUCACCGAAUAUAUUUGGAAAAUCUCUCUACACAUUCUACAUUGGACAAAAUGAUUUUACUUCCAACUUAGCAGCCAUUGGCAUAGGUGGAGUGCAACAGUACCUCCCUCAAGUUGUUUCCCAAAUUGCUGCUACCAUUAAGGAGCUAUAUAAUCUUGGAGGACGUACAUUUCUGGUUCUUAAUCUUGCACCGGUGGGAUGCUAUCCUUCAUUCUUGGUGGAGCUUCCUCAUAACAGUUCAGACAUUGAUGAAUUUGGAUGCUUGGUUUCUUACAACAAUGCGGUAGUGGAAUACAACAACAUGUUGAAAGAGACUUUGAGACAAACCAGAGAAAGCCUUUCUGAUGCUUCUGUCAUUUAUGUGGAUACUUACACUGUUCUGUUAGAGCUCUUCCGGCAUCCCACUUCUCAUGGGCUUAAGUAUGGUACCAAAGCAUGUUGCGGAUAUGGAGGGGGUGACUACAACUUCGAUCCUAAAGCUUACUGUGGAAAUACCAAAGAAAUAAAUGGCAGCACAGUGACAGCAACUGCAUGCGAUGACCCCUACAACUAUGUGAGUUGGGAUGGGAUCCAUGCCACAGAAGCUGCAAACAAGCUUACUACCUUUGCCAUUCUUAAUGGAUCCUACUCUGAUCCCCCUUUCCCAUUUCAGGAACAUUGUGAUCUUCAACCUAUAGGUUGAUCCAUUUCUUAAUUAACCAAUGAUGAAGAUCAAACUAGGUCAAUAUGUUACUCAAAUAAUUUUUACAGGAAAUCAAAUUUCUUAUCUAGCAAAAUCUACAACACUUGUAUGAGAAAAAAGUUUGUACAUGUUUAUACGUGUAUUAACUUACAAUCCAGUCGGUGGUCCUAGUAGAGAAAUAAAAUGAAGACAAGAAUGAAGAUAGUUGUCUUAUAUCA